GCAAGCCAGCAAGCCAGCAAAUAUUACCCUGACACUUCAACUCAAGCACAACAGCGGACCAAAAUGUUCAACUUAAUUUCCAGUCUCAAAGUUGGAGCGGCCCUCGUUGCAGCCGUCUGGAUAUGGCAGCGAAUCAUGCUGUACAACCACCGGCGCAAAAUCAAACGGGAUUCCGGAUGUCUUCCUGCUGCCAAAUUUCCAGACUGGGACCCGCUUUUCGGCAUUGGAUUCACUUACCACAUGGUGACAGAGGAUAUAUUAGACUUCCAAAUCAUGAAAAACACGGCAGACUGCCUUGAAAAAUACGGCAAUACCUUUACGUCAAAGGCCAUGGGGUUCAACUUUAUUUGGACUUGCGAACCCGAAAACAUCAAAGCUGUCCUUUCCACUCAGUUUGACCAGUUUAACAACCAGGGCCGCUCCGUGGGCGCCGAGGACUUUUUGGGCAAGGGGAUUUUCGUGUCGGACGGCGAGCAUUGGCAAAAAUCACGGGCUUUGGUUCGGCCGAACUUUGCUCGGGACCAAAUCACCGACCUUGUAUCUGUGGAGGAGCGCUUCCAAACGCUGAUUUCGCUGCUCCCAAAGGAUGGAUCGACCGUCGACCUUCUUCCCUUCAUGUUCGACUUUACCAUGGACACCUCGACCCACUUUUUGUUUGGGGACUCGGUGAAAUCCCUCGAGGCCAACGCCCACGAGAGGUCCAUAGGUCACCACGGCCAAGAGAACCUGGAUGAGUUCUCCGCCGCCUGGGACUAUGCGCAAAACGACAUGCUGUCCCGCUUCGUCCUCGGCCCGCUUCGGUACGUCUACAAGGAGAAGAAGGCCGCACGCUGCAUCAAGCUGGUGCAGGAUCACGUCGAGAAAUACGUCGACGAGGCGAUACGGUACAACAGCCAGGUGCGCGCUGCGGGCGGCGACGAGAAGAAGGAGCCAGAAGAGCGCUACAUCUUUCUCCGCGCGCUGGCGAAGCAGACCCAGGACCGACGGAUGCUGCGGGACGAGCUGCUCAACAUCCUCGUGGCCGGUCGAGACACCACGGCCUCGCUGCUGAGUAAUAUGCUGCAUACGAUGGCCAAUCGACCGGAUAUAUGGACCAAGCUGAAAAACGAGGUCGCCUUUCUUCAAGGCAGGAUACCUACCUACGAGGACAUUCGCAAUAUGAAGUAUAUGCGGUGGUGCAUCAACGAAUCCCUGCGCCUCCACACCGUGCUCGCCCUGGUGGGAAAAGAAGCAUCCAUAGACACGACGCUGCCCCGCGGCGGCGGCCCGGACCACAAGGCGCCCAUAUUCGUGGCCAAGGGGACGUUUAUCGCGUACAGCUUCCUCGCGCUGCACCGGCGCAAGGACCUGUUUGGAGAAGACGCCCACGAGUUCAAGCCCGAGAGGUGGGAGACGCUGCGCCCGGGCUGGAACUACCUGCCCUUCAACGGCGGGCCGAGGAUCUGCGUCGGCCAGCAGUACGCCCUGACCGAGGCCCAGUACGUCUUGAUCCGCUUCCUGCAGACCUUUUCCGCCAUCGAGAGCCGCGACCCCGAGCCCUGGAGCAUCGGGAAUCGCAUGACGACGUGCCCGAAGAAUGGAGUGCAGGUUUCUCUCCGGUGCUAAGAAAGGGGGGUACUUUCGCCUGGGGCGGGGGACAGGGCUUGGUAUGUGUGAACUUCUGAAUCUGGGCUGGAUGCGA